AUGUCGGUCGAAGCGCCGCAAUUCAAAACGACCAACUCGAGGAAUCGAAUUUCCAAGAAGAUUUUGGUCGUCGGACCCCCUAAGGUGAGGCUUAUUUUAACCUAUUUUUUUAAAGGGAUCAAUUCAAGUUUUUUUAACCGGAAAGGCGAAUUUCAGGCAGGAAAAACGUUGAUUUCAACAUUUCUGGGCGAGUACAUGGGUGACGAUUCAACAGAGUUUGAGCUAGAGUUCUACGAUUCGUAUAGGGCAACUAAAGGUUUUUUUCAUUAAAUGAAAAAUCUGGAAGAUUACAAAAGUCCAGGAAAAAAAGUUGAUCAAAAAUUAUUUUUGGAAAAAGAAAAACAUAUAGUUAGGGACCGCAAAGCCACGCCCCUUUUCGCGAUAGAAAAAGUGGCUUUUUUUUGGUUUUCAACUUUCAUUUUGUUGUAGUUGCAAAAUAUGUGGAACUGGAUAAUAAAUUUUGACACACAUGUACAGAAAAGCUUCCUCUUUCGUUUAAAAAACAUUUCACGCUUUUUUGAUGCGUUCUCGCGGAAUGUCGUACAAAAACGUGAAUGGAACUAAAAAAAUUUGUCAUUUUUUGCUUUUUCAUGUGUUUUUCAGGUCGAACGCACUCUUUCUUUUUUUAUAUAAUGAUUUUUGAUUCAAGUAACGGUAAUUUUAAAACAAUAAAAUAAAAAAAUUCGUCUUUGCCAAAAAAAUUUUUAGGGAGUGCCGAAAGUCAUAAUUCAAAAAUAUCGUUAAUGUGCGAAUAUAAUCGAGUUUUUUUGUUUUUUUCAAAAUUUAGAUCAUGGGCUUACUUAAAUAUUUCUCCACAAAAUAUGUGCUUGAAAAAAAGUUGUUUAAUACACAAAAAAAUGCUCUUGAAACUAGAGAAUAAAAUUAGCGGCGUUUAUCACACAGAAUGCGGUCGAACGCAGGUUUUUUUCAAACAAUUAUAUACAUUUAUUAGUAAAAAAAUCUUUCAAUUAAAAAGAAUAAAAUAAAAAAAUUCGUCUUUGCCAAAAAAAUUUACGGGGCCGUUUUAAUGCAGCGAUCGUUAAACGAGGCAAAAAGCAUUAAAAAAACCAGUUUUUUUCGAAAUGAAUUUUUCACGGUAAGUUUGAGUAAAGAUUUGCGAACAUAUUCUGAUAAAAAUAUCUUAAUUACUUCAAACUUUUCUUUUUAAAAUAGGCAAUCUGUGCUAUCCAAACGGCUCAAGGGUAUGGCGGAUGGAAGCUCCCCUCGCUAGACCUAACAGCUUGGCGCAGCGCGUGCGCUGCGAUUUUUCAUUUUGAAGUCGCGAGUUCGAUGCCCGCAAGCGUCAGUUUUUUGUUUUCUGGAAAAUACCGACUUUUUCGGCAAACUAGCAAAUUUGCAUUAUUUUAGCCCUCUAUUAUGAUUCCUUACAUCAUAAUAAACCAGUAUCGAAACUUGUUCUAGAAGAAAAAUCGAGAAAAAUGUCAAAAAUGGAUAAUACCAAAAUUUCAGUACUAAAAAAAUGGUGCGCGGCGCGCCACAUUUUUUGUCAUAACUUUUUUCAUCCUCAAUCUUUUUUGAAAAACUAAACGGUUCUGACUUUUAAAUCGAAUCAGCUAUCAAACCAUACAAAGCUCAAUGCUGAAAAAAUUUUUUUGAAAAUUCGUCUGCGGUCCCUACAUAUAGUUUUCCAACAUACUUCAAUGAAAAUGAACAUGAAAAAGUCAAGAGUGAGCUUUCCUCUACAAUUUCAAAUUGGUCUAGAUAGAUCAUAGUUUGGAGAUUAAUUUUUUAAAAGAGCUUUGAAUGAAAAACGGAUUUCUCUGAGGAAGUGGUUCUGAAAAUUGUGUGUGAGAGAGGUGAAUGGACUUUUAAAAAAAUGAGAAAAAAUCCGUAGUUUCAAAUUAAUCAGAUGAUAACUGAGAAAAAAAGAGAUAAAAAUUGUAUCAAGCGGCAGAGAGUUACCACUCUGAAAGAGGUGGAGAGAAGAAACUCAAAAAAAAAAAGAAGAAUAUUCUAGCUAACAACCCUAGAACACAUGGUCCGAAAUAAACAGUGGCGCGGUAAAAGUCAAAAAAGGCGCCGAAAACUAAACAAUUUGUUAGAAAAGGUCACUUCUGCAACUGCUACCCAAGAAGAAGCAGGAAAAAAAUUGUGGAAAUUUCGGAAAAAAAAAUUUUUUUAAAUACCAAAAAUCUUUAGGUCAUCCCUGUGACUUGAAAAAAAUUGGGUAUAUGUCAAAAAGAGCUGUGAAAAAUCGAGCUAAGAAAAAUUGAGCUGAUGAAAAAAAAUUGCCAGCGAUAAAAUUGCCAGCGAAAAAGCGAGCUGCGAAAAAUUUUGCCCACCGUUGGCAAAAUAGUUGACUACAUAUUGCGCUCCACCGAUAACGCGCCGAUGACAGAUUUUUGAAUUUUUCGGAAAAAUUUUUUUCAUUAUUUUUUUGUUAUUUCUUAUUUGUUUUCAUUCGUUUUCUUUUUUAUUUUGUUGUGAUCUCGUGCAAAAAAGUUCUAUUUAAUUUCCGCUUCGAAUGAAAUCGGGCGAAGUCAGUCUAUAAGAGUCUGAAAAACGUUUUCAAUAAUGAAAAAAAAGGUUUCAGGACGCUUAAAAACAAUCAGGGUGGAAUGAAAUCUUGCGAUGACGAGAAGUUCGAGUAUUGGUUCCGCAAAUUCACGAGAGAUGAAGACAAUUUUCAUCGGGAAACCCUGUCAUGCUCACAUUUUGUUCUUUUUUAGGUUUUUUUUUAAUAAACUGAUAUUUUGUUAUGUUCAUCAUUUUCAAUAUGCAACGCGCAAUUAAAAUUUUUAAUUGAUCAUUGAACGCAAAAUCUGGAAAAAAUUAUGUAUCUUAGCUAUCAUUUUUUCUCACUUCUGAAUUUUUGUCUUGUCCUUUUUUCUGACGUUUCAAAACUUACUCUCAAUGAUUCAACAAUGUAAUUUAAUACCAUUGAAUAUGAAAAAAAGAAAAAGAAAAAAAAACUUGAUUUCAAGAUAAUAAAGCGUCGAAAUGAACGGCUUUUCAAAAAACUUUUGUUGCUGUUGUCGGUGGAGCGCACAGUCGCGCGAUUAACCUGCCAACGGGGGGCAAAAUUUUCGCAGCCCGUUUCUCUCAGCUGUUUUUUCCCCGGCAAUUUCUUCGGCAGCCCAUUUUUCGCUGGCAGUUUUAUCUCAAACAGUGAGGAGGCUCGAUUUUCGCAGCUCUUUUGACAUAUACCCGAAAAAUUAUUCAAUUAAAGAAUUUUCUUUCGAAGUUUUCUCGUGGAAUCCGAGCAAAAACGAUAAGAAGGUAUACUAGUUCAAUCACCGACGUUUUUGUAUAAAUUACGUUCCGAUCAACGAGUAAAAAAUAAAGUAAAUCAAAAAAAAAAAAACAGUAAAAUUAACCUAGAAGCCCAGGAACACAUGGUCCGAAAUAAACAGUGACGCGGUAAAAGUCAAAAGAGACGCCGAAAACUAAACAAUUUGAAAGAAAGGAACGGGUCACAUCUGCAACGUGAAACCCAAGAAGAAGCAGAGGAAGAAGAAGCUGACCGGUCCCGGUCGGCUGGACUCAGACUCAUAAACAAAAAGGGGACGCGUCACCACCAAGCCGAGGUCCCUAAUGAGAGGACGAUCUAAUUCCGCUGAACGUCCGGAACGCAUCUGUUCGUCGAUUUGUCACAAAUCGUCAAGUUUGAUUCUGAUUGUGGAGCUGAGGCUUGAGGAAUGAGUUCGGUUGGAAGUUGUGGGAAGGAAGGUCGCAAAAUCUUGAGGAAAACGCUCAAAAUGGGUUAGAAUAGGAAUAUAUUGACAAGAAUAAACUUCACAAUCUUUUGGAGUUCUUUGAAAACUGAUUAGAAUAAAAUUCCUUUGAAGUCUAACUCCCAAUAUUUAUCGCUAUUUUUCUUAGACUUUGAUUUCUUCUUUUUCAAAAAGUAAUUCUUCCAAAACCAGGGAUAAAGUAAGAAAAGUAAGAUUAAAGAAUUUAGAGCUCAAAGUCAAAAAAGGUCAAUUUUUUCAAACUUGAAAGCUAAAAAACUCUCGAAACGUCCAAAAUAACUAUCGGGAAUAUCUAAGAUCAUAAUAAAGUAUAUUUAAAAAUAACUACGUUUUAUUCGCUUUUUUCACUUAUGAGAACUUCGAGAAGUAAAAUAUUUGAAAACGGAACUUAAAAAAAUUUCAAUUCAAGGCUUGGAAUACAUUGAAAGAGGAAAAAAAUGAAUAAAAAUGUUUUUUUUUAAUAUUCUAAAGUUAUAUAGCUAUGCUUGAAUAUAAAUCAGAAGAGAAUGAUAAUUAUCCAUCUUUUUUUCCAGGAGUGAGGAUAGUCGAGUUCGAGAGUCAAGAAUUUUCGGUCGAAGGCAAUCGGAUGGAGAUCGAAGUGCAGCUGUGGGACGUCAGCGGCGACAUCAAGUUCGUUUUUGAGCCAUUUUAAAUUUAAAAUUCAAUAAGUAUUGAAAUUAAAGAUAGAAUUUGGACUUACGUUGUCUUUUUUGAAGCAUUAAGCGAAUGAAAAUCUCUACAAUGACCACUUCUUCUUCUUCUUACGCCUUUGUACGCUUGAGCGGCGUCGGCGCCCCAAGUCGAUUAGCCGAGGUCCUAUCCUGAUGAUAAUCAGUGGACUGGCUCCAGUGACAUAUCCGUCCUUGUGUGUGACGGCUGGGGAUUUUGAAGUCGUGGUUUCCCACUACCAAUAUUUCUUAAACUCCUUGGUUGGGUCGGGGAUCGAACUUGUGACCCUGUGGACCGUAGACAGGCGCACAACCUGUUGCGCUAUGGCGCGCCCUUUCUACAAUAACCACUAAAAGUUGUAAAAAAAAUCUUCUUGGCUCUAGUAGCAUCUUCCGUACCUGAGAACCUGCCACUUGAACGUAUAAAAUGAUAUUUUAGACGGGUUUCUUCAUAAUUUUACUUUCAAGGACUCCAGAGUGACUCCUGAAGAUAUGAUGUACCCUCAGAAAAUAUACGAAAAAACUUUUUUGCACACAAUUCCCUUCUCAAUCUUGAAACUCUAUAGACCUUCUUUAUUUCUUCAAACUGAAACUCCACCAGAUUGCUCAAAACCUUCAUCACAACUCCAGGAAGUUUCAGAAAGAUCAAACUCCAUAAAAGAAAGUCGUGAUCAUAAACUGUUUUUUUCGUAUCUUUUCUGACGGAACUGUACCUGGAACUGUUCAUCAAGAAACUACUUCAGAUACGAAGACUGCUGGCCGGCGAUCAAAGAAGGCGUCCACGGAGUGAUUCUGGUGGCAAACCCAGACGAGCACCAAGGCGCCGAUCUUCAGAUGUGGUCUGUUCCUACAGUCACCAGAAACCGAAGAGAUUCCGAUCCGGUUUCCUCUUCGUGAAAUAUUGGUCGCCGAUUUGGGAGGACAGGCGAUGAAUUUAUUAGUUUUUCGAUUCAAUGAGGCUUUGGUUUAGGUUGGUAAAUGAAACCGGAAAGUUUUAUGAAUGGUGUACCAAGAUACGUAGGUGAUGCGCAGUUAAUUACGGAGGUAGAAGAAAGUUGGAAAAAAAGCAGCGAAAUGACUUAAUAAAACAUAGAGCAAGGAUACGUAGAAAUCAGAAUCCCGGAAAAAUGAAAAAAAAGUGAUCUCCUGGUAUCAAAAUCAAAAGGGAAUGAUUAAAAAAACGUAUGGUCUUAGAAAAUUAUGAACUUCGAUAUGUAGCGACUACAGUUGAUGCGCAGCCAAUUCAGUGAAAAUAUAUACGCUUCACAGCAAAACUAAGCCAACCAGGUAACAUUUUAAAACAACUCAGUAGCAAAAAAAGGUCAGAUCAUAAAAAAACAGUCAACUUGGAUACGUAGCGACCAUAGUUGAUGCGAAGCCAAUAUAAAAAGAAAGCCUAACGGCCGGAAAUAAAAAGUGAGGUGAAGAAAAAAAAAGAUGAGGAGAUCUGGCGCCGAGCUGACACAUUCAGAAGAUGUCACGUUAAGAUAACGUCUUCUUCUUUCUUCUUCAUCGCCACGAGCCGUAGACCUUUCUUCGUCCCUUGUGAGAUCAUAUUGAGUGUAAAGAAUACUUUGAGAAAGUUUUCAGUCAUAAUUAAUGCUCAACGGUGGGAAAAAUUUGAAACAAAGGGAAUACUAGAAAGAAAAUUCCGAUUUCCCACUGCCUAAAAAAAAUUUCAAGGGUUUGGUUUAAAAAUUAUAAUUUUGGCAUUAAAAAAAACACAAAAAAUUUUAAGAUCAACAAAAAAAACUCUUAGGUCCACCAUACUGUUCGAAAAUUUGGCGAGAUCACAUAAUUGAAAUUUUUGUGAAGAAAUAAAUCGUGAAUUCAUCAUGGAAAUCCAUGUAAUUUCUCAGUUUAUUAUUGAGAUUGAGCUGAAAACUCGUGGGAAAUGCGAAAAAUUUGAGCUUCUGCUCAUUGGUUCCGAAGAUUUUGUCCUCCAUCAAAAAAAUAACACAGAUAUUUUGAAAAAGCAUGAAUUUCGAGCCAAAUAAGUGGAACUCCAGAAUAUCGAAACAAGAAAUUUCGAAAAAUUGGAAAUCAAAAGCUAGGGGUAACAACCUCAGUAGGUUCUAUGGUCCAAUGAUAAGCCGUAUUAAUGGAAAACGUGAGCUUCAAGCCAAAUAAGUAAAGUUAUUUAUUUAUUUAUUUAUUUAUUUCACUCAAACACAAAAAAAUACAGAUACAGAAUAGAAAGUAUUUGAGUGAAGCGAAACCCGAUAUACAAACGCCCCAACGAGCGAUUUACCGGGAUGGGAUACACGUAUUGAAGAUUGAGAACAGAAGUUUCGGAUUUUAUUUUUUUUUAGAGCAGUCUGUUGGGCACACUUGCGAGUAGUUCAUUGUUGUCGAGAGAGUCGAGAAAAUUCCUGAAGCGGGAGGCUGAAGUGUUCAUGUCGAAUCUUGAGCACAGUCUGUUCCAAAUAGGAAUGACUGUACUGAAGAAACUGUUAAAACGAGGACCUGUCUGUAUGAGUCUCAUUGGAAAACGAGGUGAAUCAGUUCUUCUGAAGAAAUUUUCUGCACUUGGAAAGUGGUAAAAAGUUCCCAAGGUAACCAAUAGAAAAUCACCUCAAGGCCUAGCCAAAGCUCAGAAUCAAAAACUGGGAGUAGAGGUGGCACAGCAGUAGCAGGAGGAUAAUUUCCGAGAAACCGCCUCAAAAAGUCCAAAAUCAAAGACGGAAAGCAGCGGUAGCACCUCGAUGAUGAGAGUGGUCAAAUAAGAGGCCGAAUAAGUGGAGGAGGGUGCCAAAGACGGACGCGUUUUCAUUUGGAGCUGGAGAGUAACGGCUCAUCAUCGAAUAUUGCCUCGGCCGGCCGCCGGCUGACCGAAUAGGAAUACAAACAUUGGCCGUCGGUCACAUUUGACGCGACGGCGCCAAGUAAUGCCGGCUUUUCCUUUCCCCUUCCUGCGGCGGCUGCUGUUGUAAAAACCUCAAAAUUCGUACGACCGUCGGUUCUGCUCAAACAGGCAAAAGCUUUUAUCAUCACUUGUGUAAACCUGGCUUUUGGGAAGGGUUGUGAUGAUUUGGGGUAAAGCUUCAAGCCUUCUAAAUGUCUUGGAGCAGUCUCUUUUUGACCUGGGAGAAGUUAUGAUAGUUGGAAAAAUCUUGAAGCCUUCCAAAGAUCUUGAAAAUAUCUUUGGAAUCUUGCCAAAACUUUUUUCAUCACUUCUGUCAACCUGACUUGUGGGAAGGGUUGGAAUGGUUUGGGAGAAAUUUCAAGCCAUCUGAAGUCCUUGGAAAAGCUCAGAGACAGUUUUUUUCACCACUAAUGCUAGUCUGGCUUGUGAGAAGGGUUAUGAUGGUUCGGUAGAAGCUUCAAGGCUUCUAAAGGUCAAAAAGAAGUCUCUAUGAGACUUGAAUCAGCUGAAAAGUGUCUCAAAAUAUAUUUGGAAGCUUGCCCCAAACUUUUUCAUCACGUGUCAACCUGGCUUGUAGGAGGGGUUAUGAUGGUUUGGGAGAAGCUUCAAGCCUUCUAAAGGUUUUGAAAAAGCUCAGAGACAGCUCUUCUUAUACCUUGUACCGAUCUGGCUUGAAGGAAGAGUUAUGACGGUUCAGAAGAAGCUCCAAGCAUUCUAAAGCUUUCGAAACAACCUUUUUAUGAUUUAAAAUAACUGAGGAGUGGCUCUAGACACUUUUGGAACCUUGCCAAAACUUUUUUCAUCGCUUGGAUCAAUCUGGCCUGUAGAAAAGGUUAGAACGACAUGGGAGAAGCUUCAAGCCUUCUGAAGGUCUUGAAAAAGCUCAAAGACAGCUUCUCCAUCACUUAUGUCGAUCUACCUUUCAGAAAAGUCAAAAAACAAGUGCUUUAGAAGCCUUGAAACAGUCUCUUCAUGAACUGAAUCAAUUGAGAAAUGGAAAAAACCUCUGGAACCUUGCCAAAACUUUCAUCCUGCGUCAACAAAAAAUAUUAAAACGGUUUUGCAGAAGCUUCAAGCCGUCUAAAGUUCUUGAAUAAAGUUCUAGCUUUCAUCAUCCCUUUUGCGAAUUUGGAUGAAAGGAGAAGACUUGAAUUUUUGAAUAUUUAAUCCGCUCAGAUACUUAGGGCAGGCUUCUAACGCGAUUUCGAGUAUUUUCAAAUUUCAUUCCUUCUUCCAGAAAAUAUUCAGAUAACUAUCAAAUAAACUUUCCUGGCUAUAAACGGUUUUUCAACAGUCUGAAGGGAGAAAAAAAAAAUAAAAUUCAAAAUUUAUAAUUGUAAAAAAUUUGCUCCAUGAACGAAUACUUUCGAAGAAAAUCGAAAAGACGGCUUCAGGAAUAAUGUUUUUUGAAAAGGUUAGAACGACAUGGGAGAAGCUUCGAGCCUUCUGAAGGUCUUGAAAAAGCUCAAAGACAGCUUCUCCAUAACUUAUGUCGAUCUACCUUUCAGAAAAGUUGAAAAACAAGAGCUCUAGAAGCCUUGAAACAGUCUCUUUACGAGCUGAAUAAACUGAGAAUUCAUGGUCUCUAAAAGUGUGAUGAGGAGGAAAAAAAUGAUGCGUUUUAAACAUCUUUCGUGAUUUCUAGUGAAAAAUGUCUGUUACAAAACGUGACCGAGUUAGUUCGAAAAUCUAAAAAUAGGUCCAGAAAGCUUGAAACCGAAAAAAUGAAAACGUAAGCUUAAAUCCAUAGCUCAGUACUACUUUGCCUAGAACAAAGGAAAGCCAAUAGUAGGGUAGAAAAAAGGCUUGCCGUUUGGGAAUUGGCAGGAUAAUUGAGAAGCGGUGAGUCCGCAAACCCAAUUAGAGAAACCAGCCCCUCUAGUCUUUGCCAAAUGAUGAGACAAAAGUGUAUACUUUAAAAAGAAAUGGAAAAAAAUAAGCACACAAACAAUAGCAAAAAGUCGAAAUUCUCUAAAAAAAAAACCUCUUCAAAAUUGAGUUUUUACAUCUUCCAAAAAUAUUAAAAUAAAAAAAGUGUGCAAUUUGUGUUCUUGAUAUUGAAAUACCUACAAAAAUGAAAGAGAUAGCGAGAGAUCAAUAACGGUCUGAAGAGACGCCAGAGAAGCAGAGCCGCUCUCUUUCUCUGCCGUCUCUUCAGAUCACCGCUGCUCUCUCAAUUUCUCAUAGUGAAUCAAGUGGGAAAUAUCGAAAAAAAUUCGUCCAAGCUUGGAAGGUCAUGGUCACACUUGGAAUGGCUUUGACGACUGCGCCCGACUUAAAAUGAGUUACGCGAGAACGGAUGCGCAAGCCUUAGAGCAAGCCCUUUAAAAUAAGGCUAUUUAUCCAAUUUCUCAAGUAUUCUAGUCUUUAAAUGGUGUUGUACUAAUUUUAAUCAUCUUAUUUUAACGAGUCUGCGAAUUCUCGAAAGUUAGAGAGUGUUAAAAAACAGGAGGCGGAAAUUUUCUCUUUUUCUCUGAAAACUCUCUUGUUUACCAGGGCUCUCUAGCUUUCGAAGAUUCGAAGGUAAAUUCCUUUGAAAAUCAAAAAAAUUUAUAAUUUUUUUAUAGAUUAACAGCUAUAUUUCUCAAACGCCCCCCCCGCCCCUCAAAAAAUUACUUCAAACACCACUUCAACCCCAAAUAUUCUCAACUUCAGGUAUGAAGAGUUCAUCGAGAAGACACACCUGAGCCUAGACAGCGUCCUGGUGUUGCUCAACGAGAUGGGCGAGAAACGGACCAACGACGGGGUCAUCUCCGAUUUCAAGUAAGUCUUCUUCUUCUUCAUUUACCAAGCUUCAGAGGAUUUUGAUGAAUUCUGAGCUUCAUGGGAAAGGUUCACGAUUUCAAAAGUGUUCGUUUUGAGAAGGAUCAGACCCAUAAAUCUCAAAAGUGUUCUGAAGGGGGAAUUAUUGAACUUUUGGAGCUUUUCCAUGUCUUUCUCAUGUCUCUAGCCGAUCAAGGAAAGUUGUCAAAAAAAUUUAAUUUUUCAAAAAAAAUGAGAUUGAAAUGUUAUGAAAAUAAAUUUUUAUACUGAAAAAUUUGGUUUCCUGUGUCAAAUUUCGUCCGUUAAUUUUUUUGAAAAAAAAAUAUAUUUUUUUAUUUAAAGCAAUUUUCUAGUGUUUAUCAAACAUUAAAAGACGAAAAAAAGCCAAAUUUUUGGUACUAAUUCUUAGGAAUUUUUUUCAACCCCAGCCGCUCAAAAAUUUUUGAAAAACUCGCUAUAAUUACAGAUAUUCCUGCCAAUUUUUUUGAGAAAAGAUUUAAAAUAAGUUCAAAAAAACUGCAUCAGAAAACCCGAAAUUUACGUUUUUCUCUACUGAAAAAUAUUUUUCACUGAGAUUCGAUUUCCAGAAUCCAGCCACCACUGAACUCUGCCGUUUGCGUCGCCUGCAACUUGCGAUUCGAGGGUCAAAACUUGAAAGUUGAGGUCAACCAGUUCUUGAUCUCGAUCAUCAUGCAAGAUGAUCCACAUCACCGAAAGCCGAGCUCUUCGGAAUCCCCGCCCCCGGGAAAAGCAGAAAGUGAUGAAAAUAUUGAUGAUGAUGACGAUUUUUGA